UGCCGACAAGUCCCACGUGCGCUCGAAAUGCGUUGAGUGUAUAUUUUGGACCGAAAGUAGAAAAGUUUUGACAGAGUGAAGAAGCAUUUUCAAGGAGACCAGACUUGAGUUGUGAACUCAGCAAUCAAGAAGUUACGACAUUUUAUUCCACCGGGCCCAGACGGAGGAUCGGUGAAAUUGGCGCCGCACAUGGAAACUUCGACUGAAAUUAUGGUGGUACCAAAAACGGGUGGCUGUUGCGGAGGAACUGCAAAAGCUGCUCCGAAAAAGACAACAAAACCUAGUGCAGCGAAAAAGCCAACAACCACCAAUAAGCCUACGCAAAGGCUAUCAACUGGUUCAAAGUCAAGCGUAGUUUCAUCUUCAACAACACCCACUCGUAAGAAUGAUGAUGCUCUUAAAAAACGAUUGAAAAAUAUACUUGAGAAAGCAAAUGUCACAACGAGCACAUCAAAAACAUCAACAGGUAAUUCAGAUCCAAGCGAAAGCAAAAAUAUUCAAGAUUUGUUGUUAACGAGUGAUGUACAAAAAUUUAUACUGAAUGCAGCCAAAAAAGAAGCGAACGCGACCACCGCUAAGGGACCUAAAAAAGCCAGUUCCGUUCAACCGAAGAAAGUAAGCCAGAGCAAUACGAAAACAACUAAAACAGGGGCAGCUUCCUCUGGUACGGCUAAAAAAUUAUCAACUACAUCAUGUGCAGGGGGAGCUUGCUCUCUCGUAAAGAAAGUCAAAGCAACCUCAACAAUCCAAAAAGCAAAUUGUAAAUCAACUGUCAAGAAAACCGCUGCUGGUGGGAGGUCUACAGCGGUAACUACGAAAAAAGUGGCAACGAAUAAAAGAAUAUCGUGCUGCAAUCCUAACGGGGGGGAAUGUAGCUUUGAUUGCAGUAGUAGCAGCUGUGAUUGUGGGUGUGGCUAUUCCACUGAAACUGACGAUUCUGAUGACGACGAAGACAGUAGUGAGGAAUACAGUGAAAGUAGUUCAUUUGAUGAUAGUGACUCGUUUGAUGACAGCGAUGACGGAGGCUGUUGUAAUGGUAGAAGUUGUGGGAAAAUGAACGGUAGAGGCAAACGAGACAAUCAAAGAAAGCGACGUCAAUCCAGCGGGUCAUGGGACACACUAUCAGAUUCAGAUGGGGGAAAGGGACACUCAAAAAAAUGUAAAUUUGAUUGGCAAUGCGAGAAUUUAAAUUCUCCAAUAAAUACUAACAUUCAGCGCAACGAGCACAGCUGGGUCUGUGAAGAGCUGAAAGCUCCAUUGCAAAUAAUUGAGAAUAAGCUAAACGACGAUAUGGGAUCUGACCGAGCUAAUAAAAAUUCCAUAAAAGCGAAUGACAAACGAAAUAAACGAACGGUGCCAACGCUUUCAAAUAAAGUCGAUAAGGCUGAUGUAAACGAUGACAUACCGCGUAAAUUGAACGGACAAAAAAAUAGACUUAAAACAAAUCCAACAGAAAUGCAAUCGACAACGAAGACUGAUGUGGAUAAGCAAACAAAACCAAGAAAAGGUAAAAAGGCUGAAUUUGUCUCAAGCAAAGAUUCAAAACCCGAUAAGAAGAAAAAGCUGAAAUCGGAUGAUAACGAUUUACAUACCAAUUCAUUGGGACAGAACAAACAUCAUCAAAUGUCCCUGGUGCCAUAUGAAAACAACAAUGGCAAUGAAUCUGACUCCGAUAGGAGCAGUGAGUAUAAUUACAUUGUCGAUAUUCGAGGUGAGGACAUUUCAACAUCUUCUUCGGAUUACACGUACGACGAAGAAGAGAAUGAAGACGAGGAAAGUGAUUUUGAAUAUGAUAGUGACGAGGAAACUUCCGAAGAAUUUGACAGCGAAGAUGAUGAAUAUUCGGAUGAAGAAGAAAGCGAAACCGAAAGCAGUUCAAACUACGAGUAUGCCUCAGACGAGAAUUCAGUCGAUGGAGACUAUCAGUUACCUGAAGGAGUCGAAGAGGAUAUUCUCAUUCGCCGCGGCGAAGCAAACAUUUAUGAUGCCACCGAUGAUGUUGGAUUCGAUAGUGAUGACAGCUCGCCACAGAUAUUUGAACUUCCCAAUGAUAACAUUGAGAGCACUCCAAACCAGAAAGACGUAAAUAAUAUCUCUCCAGAACAUAAAAGCAUAAAUCAUAACAUUGUUUCUGGGGAUCGAAAUAUUCAGGAAGAGAGUGAUAGCAACGAUAGCUGCCCACAAUUGGUGCCCAUUGAUUUUUCAAAUGAAUUGGCAGAACAUCAGGACUACAUGAUGGAGUAUUCAUCAGUUGAUGAUGACUGCAGUGAUUCAUCCGUGCUGAGUGGAGAUCCUCCGGCGGUGGAACCAGAAAUAAUCGAAACUGAUUAUGCUAAUCUCAACAUUAGCCAAGGCAGUUCUUUCUUUGAUAACAACUUCCUAGAGACAAUAUUUAACUUUGAAACAGAAACGGGAUCAACUGACCUCCAUAACAAUCCUCUUGAUUUGUUCAUGCAAACCGAUUGCGACACAUCCAAUUACAAGGUAAUAUCAGUAUCAAAUAAAAAGUUCGAUCGACAUUCGGAAAAUUCUCGAAGGAAAACUAAUGAUACUCGCACAUCCAUAUCCUCUUCAAAUAUGUUGUCGUCGCCCGCAAAUCAAAACGAUUCGAGGAGGAAAAAUAAACCGAGCCCAUCAAUUGAUCCAUUCGCCCAGUUUGACGAAAUAGAAAUGACCGAAGUUGAACCCUCUCAAUCCAGGUUUUAUAACUCUCUGAAUUCCUAUCAGGUCUUACUGCUUCUUAAGUCACCAAUAUCCUUCCAUGGAACACUAAAGGUUAAACUAGUCGCAGGUAACAUCGAUAUUUUGGGAUAUAAAGCAAAAGUUGGAGAAACAUUGGAAGUAUUCUCUCCUCGUGGAAAUAACUUGCAAUCUUUAACGCCACUCCCGAGCACAGUCACGAAUGAAACCAAACUGGAACUAGAGAAGCAAAUCACGGCCUUCAAGGCAGACUUUCUGCAAACUGAUUUGCACGAAAUUUUGCAAGAAUACGAUUCUCGCACUGACGCUAUUGUUCUCUUAGAUCGCAAUAGUCAUUCAAAACGAGUGCACAUGGUUAAAAAAUACAUGAAGGAAGACAUCUUCCCCGGAACGAAUGUCAGUAAAAACAGUCCAUUCUACCAAAGCGAGUUUAUUUUACAAUGUCGUUUCCACCUACCACGUACAUUUAACAACAUAUAUAUUUCUCCACAAUGGAACUCGGUUUCUUUGAAAAAUACAUCUAAGUUGCUCAUCAUUGGCGGAAAAGGAGUCGGCAAAUCAACAUUCCUCCGAUACACCAUCAACAAUAAUUUCCAUCAAUUUAAACAGUUUGUAUUAAUAGAUCUAGAUAUUGGCCAGCCAGAAGUUUUCGUCCCACAGACAAUAAGUGUUACACUUGUCGAGAAGCCCAUCCUAGGGCCAGGUCAUUAUUACGGUUUGGUACCGGAUAAAUGCUACCUUCACGGCGAUAUAAAUGUAGUUCUCUCGCCGCAGACGUACUUAUCAAAUGUCAAAGAGCUCCUCAAAUACUGUCAUCACGAAAAUAGGUUCAAAAAUGUCCCAUGGGUGAUCAACACGAUGGGAUAUAAUAAAGGAUUCGGCCCUGAACUGCUGUCGAUCAUCAUUGAGCACCUUCAGCCGACUGAUGUUGUGCAACUUCACUCGUUAAAGCAAUUUGAUAAUUUCGAGUUCCCAAUGAGUGCAGAUGCUGUCCGAACAAUUCCAAGGAACAUCUAUAUAGAUGAGGAGCCGAAGGAUAUUGCUAAUUACAAACUAUAUAUUUUCGAAUCGGUUGCGCCCAUUAGGAAAGCAGACAGAUUUGGUGACUGGCAGAUGAGUGCCAUGGAAGUUCGAUUAACGAUGGUGGUUUCCAUGUUAGGGAGUUUGCUCUCGGAACGUGAAGAAUGGUUGACUGAUGUGAGACCGUAUCGCGUAUCUGCUGAUGAUUUGAACAUAAUCUACCUUGGUCAAGAAAAAUUGACCAAGGAGGAACUAAUGGAUGUUAUCAACGUCAACAUCGUAUAUCUUUGCAAUGAUUCAACACCUGCAAUUGAAUGCUAUGGAAUUGGUCUGGUACGCGGUGUGGAUAAAUACCAACAGGCGAUUUAUCUUCUACCCUCGAUUCCGCCACAAACACUGGUCAAGGUCAAUACAAUCGCGGUAUGCAACAAUCCAUUGCCCGCAUCAUUUCUCCUCAAUCAAGGUCCCAAAGUCAAAGGACCUGUUCCCUACACGUAUAACACCAAUGACCUCAUCGCUACAAAACAUGUUCCGCAAAAAGUCUACCGCCCUCAACAUUAUUUGCAAGGGUCUCGAAAUGUUGUGUUGAACGAAUGAAUUUCUGGUUCCUUUUUUCAUUUUGUUUCAUGUAAUUUAGCGUCUUAUAAUUUAUGUUAACAGGCUUACUGCCGCAAUGAGUGUAACUUGUAAUAAGAAACUGUGAUUGAACAAACCGAACGAUAAAGAAUUUGUAAGGAAAGUCAUAACGAAUUGAUUAUUCCAAAAUUGUUGUAUGUUAAGAUUUAUAAAAAUAGAAAUAUGAUAAAAUGACAGAUUUAUAAACUCAA